AUGGAGGACGAGACCGCCGGCGAAGCGGAAGACAACACGCGCCCAACCAAAGCUGGUGAGGAGGAAUACAGGGUCCUUGAGACAGCACUCGAGAAACCAUCCCCCUUCCUUCAACUGGCCCCCGAGGUCCGCAACAUGGUCUAUCAACAUUCCUGCAUUUACGAAACCCCUGACUCGGAGAGAAUGUUGGAUCCCUUGACAUUUCCCAACUUGCGGCAGGCACCAAUCACGCGUGUCAACAAGCAGAUACGCAAGGAGACCUUGCCGAUUUUCUAUGGAAACCAUGAUUUCUUCAUCAUCAUCCGAAUGCCUUCCGUUCUUGAUGAGAUUUUACAUGGUAGCCAUGACCCUUUCAAACAUGUCUGGCAGAUGUUGCACUCCUUCGCCACUGCUCCCGCCCUAAUAGCCAAGGGCGACAUGCAAACCAGCAGCCUUACCUCUCUCUCACAAUUGUCUUUUCGACUCGACGACUCCCAGUAUUUAUCAGAAGAUGACAUCGGAAUGUUAGGUUUCACUAUGUCCAGCAAGGACCUGAUUUGCCAGGACGGGGAUUUCGCGAUUGAGACGGAGAACUUGGACUGGGACAGGUUUUCAAAUGUCAAGAAGGCUUAUGUCUCAGGCAUCUUGACCGGGACAAUUUCUCACCGCCACAGGCUUGCUUCCCUCCGGAACUCUGUCGAAGCUCACAAAAGAAUUGACGAGUUAAUAUCUCUCAUGUUCUUCGUGGCGAGGCAGUGCCCGCAGUUGAAAAGCCAUGUCCUCGGCUUUGUCUACGAGUAA